AGUUUCGGAACCCACGCGCGCGCGACGAAUAGAAAUCGCCCGCAGAGGAGCCGCGGAGAGGAAGCAGCAGCAAACCGGCGGACCAAUUGGACGGGCCGAAGUCCCUGAGCGGCGUGAUCGGAGGGUUGCAACGAGGACAAGUGGCACCCCUGGUCCAGGGCAGAAAAGCGCGGCCGCGCCGCGGGCCUCGUGGCGGAACCGUCAGCUCGUGUUCAUCUCGGCUCCCCACCUCACCUCACCGCGCUCUUCACCUGCUCCCUUAUCAUGGCGGCGGCGGCGGCGGCUCACCUCCUCUGCCCCGCACCGGCCGCCUCUCCCGCAAAACCCCGGCAGCAGCUCCCUACCCGCGGCCGCCGCACCCACGGGGCCAAACCUUCGAGAUGCUUCUCCUGCCGCGCGUCCCUCGGCCCUGAUGGCUCGCUGGCCAUGCUCGGGGCCCCCGGUCCCAGGCCGGCGCCGCCGACGAGGAGGCCGUACCUCCGGGAGCACUCCUGCCUCAUCUUCCCGCCCCCGCGCGGCCGCCGCCCGCUCGCGGUCGUCAAGUUCCUCGGCGGAGCCUUCAUCGGCGCCGUCCCCGAGGUCACCUACGGCUACCUGCUGGAGCUCCUGGCGCGGGAGGGCUUCCUCGUGGUGUGCGUGCCGUACAACGUCACCUUCGACCACGAGGCCGCCGCGCGGGAGGUCUUCGACAGGUUCCACGCCUGCUACGAUGCGCUCCUCGCCUCGGGGCUCCCGGUGGCCGGGCUGAGCGCGCCGGACAUCGCGGAGCUCCCGCUCUACUCUGUUGGCCACAGCAACGGGGCGCUGCUUCAGCUGCUGGUGGGGAGCUACUUCGCAGAGAAGAUACCAAAGGCUAACGCCAUUGUCUCAUUCAACAAUAGGCCGGCUUCAGAGGCUGUUCCUUACUUUGAACAGAUAGGUCCACUCUUUAGUCAACUGAUGCCUAUGAUGGAGGCAUCACCUGUUUAUUCUGUUGCCAGAAAUGCAUCAGGAGAUGCAUGGAAGGCUCUUUUUGAUUUAGCUGGAGUUUUUAUACGUGAGUAUGAUCAAGAAGCUAUGGUUUCUCUGAGCAAAUUUGUUGAUCAGUUACCAUCAGUCAUGAAUCAGGUUACAGAAGGUGUGUCUGAAUUCAAACCAACACCACCUGAAAACCGUGAAUUCUGCAAGAAUUCCUACAGCGUACCCAAUACAUUAUUGGUCAAAUUCAGCGUUGAUGCUAUUGAUGAUACAGACAUAGUUGAAGAUGUCCUGAGACCCCGAGUAGACUCAAUUGGUGGACAAAUAAAGAAAGUUAUACUGUCAGGAACACAUCUAACUCCAUGUAUACAGGAUGUGAAAUGGCAAGUUGGUUCAGAAUACACUCCAGCAGAUGCUGUUGCCCAGGGUUUGAAAUCAUUGGCUCUGAAUGAAACAAGGGUUCUCUCAAGAACUAUUGCUGAUUGGCUUAGAUCCCUUUAAACCAAUACAUCCAUUGAAGCUCAAUUCUUCUUAUGCAGGCUUGCAUCAUGUCUGGAGAAAUCUAUGGAGAAUCAAUGAUAUGAUCUCUUUUACAUUGAACUAAUUUAGGCGCAUGCAUCAGGAAUGCUUCAUCAGUUCCCGCUUUGCUAAUGCAGUCGACUGCGGCUGGCGUUGAUGAGAUAUCAGAGUAUACAUUGUAUGGUACUUAGAAGCAUUGCAUUUGGGCUGUUUGCUGAGUUGGUCAUGCUCGCCCACAGGCCCUAGCCGUACUACAGUAUCUGAUCAAGAUCAAGAUUGGGUGUUCGGGGCCUACUCGGAUUGUAGUUGCAGGCUAUGCAACGCAUUGAACCCAAAGUCCAAGAAACAUGAUCCUGUGGGGAGGUACGGUGCCAGCAAGGCCAAGUUGGUCAAAUGCCCCUGCUGCACGCAGACAAGCCCAAUGCGGCUUUCUGCAGGCUGGCGGAAGGGCAUCAUAGGUGUAGCAGGAAAUUUGUAUAUAUCGCCACAUUGUAUUUUCUGGGCACAUACUUAAUAAUAAUAAUCUAACCGUAUAGCAUUGUAUUGCUUGGGGU